GACUUGGGAAGUAGCUGGGCGUGUUCUCUCAGUGGCCGGUGCAAGCAGCCUCUCCGUCUCGGGGAAGAGCAAAUACAAAAAAUGCUGGAGUAACUGAGCGGGACAGGCGGCUGCACCCUCUGGAGAGAAGGAAUGGGUGAUGUUUCGGGUCGAGACCUUUCUUCAGACUGACGUCUGGAAUAUUGAACGCGGAGUGGUGGGCUGGACAAACUGCACUGGGUUGGACCUGACACUCGGUGGCUGUUUUGCUGGGGGGUUUAUUUUUUUUUGGAAGGGUUCCCUCCCGGCCUGGUAACUGACAAAUGGCCGAUUUGACCACCGGCCGAGGGUGGCUGCACGGGGAGGAUUGGCACCACAGUUUGGGGGCGAGGGGGAGCUGGUGUGGCAAAGAAUUCCUGCGGUCCUCCCCCCUCACCCUCAAGGAUCUCGGCAGGAGUUACGAGGAAGUCUACAGAGCGUCCGGGUCCCCGUUCCAUUUCCAGGACCCGUUGAACAGGGAGCUGGAAUCCUUCAGCCCGAGCUGGCCGGGGCGCGGUGGGAAAGAGCUGAGGUCUCGGUCAGUCAGCCCAACACGGGAGGGGAGCCUGCGAUGUCUCGACAGCACACGGAGGUUGUAUUAUUCUCCAUUUGACACCAGCAGCGCAACUUUCCCGGAUGGAGCUGUGGACAUUGGGCCCUUUGACCAUAUGAUGAUCAGACGGCCGUUCUCUUCCUGCCACUUUUCGGACACCUGCCUGGUGGAGGAUCCACUCCGCUCUCUCUCUGAGGGUCUGGGGAGCUUCGACGUGGACCUCAAGGUCUCCCUGCUGGACAGCGGGCGGAAGAGGGCCCAACUGCUGAGCCGCCUCAAAGAGACACACCGCCUGCUGGAGGAGCAGUCCGCACAGCUGCGCAAACGCGAGGGUCAGCUGUCGGACAGCAAGACCCAGAUCGAGAUGCUCUCCCUCAAGCAGAAACAAUUGGAAAAUUCCAUCUCCCAGCUGGAAGAGGAGAAGAACUCGCUGGAGCUGACAAGCCUUGAAGACCAAAAGAAAAGUGGGUCGCUGAAAGAGAAACUUUUACAUCUGGAGGUCGAAAUGGCGAAAGCAAAGUCAACGCUGGAUGUGAUCAGCCGUGACCACAAGCCCAUGCCAUCAUCUCCCUCUCGUACACUAUCCUGGGUCCCAAAGUCGGAAGAUGCAGUUAAACAGGAGAAGGAGAGCUUGCUUCGGGAACGGCAGCCCAAGGAUGAAACACUCCGGAUUUACAAGGAGCGGGUGAGGGCACUGGAGGGGGAGCGGGACAAAGCUGGAGAAGAGUUGAGGAAUAUCCAUGAGGCUCAACAGUCGGUGCUUGUGAAGAGUAACGAGGCCAAUCAGAGGCUGACGGAUUCCUUGCGAGCUCAGGCAGAUCUUCACGAGGAGCUCAACGACAUGCGCCUCAAGUACAACAAAGCCGGUCUGGCCAGGGACUUGCUCGCUGCCAAAUUGGAGAGGCUGGAAGAGUCUGUCACCAACUUGAAGACCAAACUGGAAGAUGUAGCCGCUGACAAAGAUCGGUUCCUGCAGGAGAAGGUGGACCUACACAAGUGUGUCCAACACCUGACUCUGGAGCUGGAACGGGCCCUGAGAGGGAGAGAAGGCUUCGAUGACCAAGUGUCUAAUCUCCAUGAAGAGUUGUUGACCACCAAAUCCCAGGCCAACAGACAAGACCAGGAGAAGAUCAUACUGAAGGAGAAGUUAGCAGCCACCAGCCAGGUGAACGAGAAGCUGAGCGGCGAGCUGGGCGAGUUGCGGCAGACCCUGGGGCUACGGCAGGAGCGGCUCCAUCACCUGGAGGCCGAGAAGAAGCUCCUCACCAACCAGGUGGAGGCCCUGGACAAAGAGCGGUCCCAGCUGGUCGGUGAGAACGGCGAGCUGCUGGCCACGGGCCAGGUGGACAACAAGGCCCAUCGGGAGGAGCUGCAGGCCCUGGUGGCGGACUGCACGGAACUCAGGGCCUCCGAGGGCAAGCAGAGAGCGCGGUGCAAGUCCCUGGAGGCUGAGCUGCAGCAGAAGGUUGAGGAGCUGACAAUGGUGACGUUGGAACAGGGACAAGUUGCCCAGCAGUGGAAGGAGAGGUGGAAUGAAACCUCCUGUGCACUCAGAGCCAAGGAGAAGGCGCUCCAGUUGGCUGCCCUGAGGCAGCUGACCAAGAAGGAGAAGGCUGAACUACUGGGAGAUUGUGAAAUAUUUGCAGCAGACUUAGAGGAGCUUAUUGAACUGAGGACAGAAUUAGCCAGGGUGACGGCAGAGAAGGCCCAGCUGAGACGCCAACAAGAGGAGAGUGGGCGCAUCAUAGACCUUCUCCAGCUCCAGAAGGACAUCAGCAGUGACUCUGCGCUGCGGGGCUCCAGCAGGUGUACCGGGGGCUUGGACAGUGUACGCGCCGAGCUGCAGAAAAAUCGCAACCAAAUCCAGGACCUUGAGAAGGAGAAGGGUGAGAUGGAGAUGGAGCUGAAGAAAUUCAAGAUGCAGAGCGCGCCGCUGGUGCGGGUGGAGCUGGACGCAUGUCGGCAGCAACUGGAGCUGGAGCGGAGCAGGAGCAGCAAGCUGCAGCACCAGGUGCAGGAGCUGCAGAGGAGUAGCCGACCCCAGGAGCAGGGCCAGGCAAGAGUUGUGCACAAGGUACAAGGCAGGCAAGCUGGAACACCAUCAGACGACCCCUGCGUGCAGGAAGCUGUGUGCAACAAUGAGAAGAACAAAGAAGAAUCAAUCGAUCACCUUGAAGACAUUGAGGAACCUCCCAGCCCAGAGUUCUCCGUGAACAGUAUCGCUGGGCCUCAGACACAGGAGCUGCUGAAGGAAAUCUCCGCACUGCAGCAGGACCUCAGGGAAUCCAAGACCACCCAGCGGCAGCAGAACGCAAUCAUCCGUGGCCUGAGAGAGGAACUGGAAGAAGCCAACUUAAACAAACCAAGAGAAAUAAAGGCCUCGCUGGAGGAGGUGGACGGCGAGCUAUUCCAGGUGCGGGAGGAGCUUCAGAAGGUCUGGGACAUGUUGCACACACGGGAUAGCAAGCUGGAGGAGCAGCACCAGGAGCUGGAGUCUGCACGAGGACAGUUCUCCGAAUGCAACUCUGAGAAUCAGCGGCUGGAGAACCUGGUGACUGCCUUGAAGCAGCAAGUGUCGGAGAAGGAACACACGCUCAGGCAGCACGAGAGGUUCCAACGCACUGAGAAAACCGAGUUUGAUAUCAAGAUUUCGGCGUUGGAAUUAAAGUUGGCAGAGGUGGCAGUCAUGGGUGAAGCUCGACAGGAGAUUCCGAUUGAGGAAGGCGAGAGUCGUCCGCUUCAGAAGUGUCUUCGCUGUGACUCCUUUCUGGAGAAAAUGAACUCCAAGGCACAAGGCUUCGGUGAGCAAAAUACUCAGCUGCAAGAGGAGAGGACAAAGGCUCUCAAGUCAUUGAACGAGACCCAGGUUCGGACACAGGGGUUGGAAAAUACCGUGGACCUCGAACAGCAGCUUACUCAGACUCUCGAAGGAGAGAACAGUGACUUGUGCAAACGCAGUCAGCGGAUGUCAGAACAGCUACUUAGUUUGACAAGCGAGCAAAAGGAUUUGACAAAAGCUUACGGUGAACUACCAGAAGAAUUGAAGGGAGAGACUUCUGUUGAAUACUGGGCACCCAGAUCACACCUGGUCCAGAAUGUGGGAGAAAUGGUGAAGGCUCAGGAGGAGGAGCAGCGGGCUGUGGAGAGGCAGAGUCACCGGUUGAAGGAACGUGCCGCCUGCCAGAACUUCCACCAGUUGCAGGAGGAAAUGCAUCAGCUGCAGCAUCAGCUCGACAGCAAAAGACAAAAGAUGGCCACCAUGGCUUGUGAAAUGGAAUCGCUGAAACACAAGAAUGAAGACCUCGUGAAAGCUCAAGCCGGGAGUCAGCAUCUUCUGGAGAAAGACUGGCGCCGCCAAGCUUCAUCUCUUGCUUUGACCGGGCUGGAAUCGAGGACUUCAGACGGGCAGCAGUCCAGCCCUUGGGCCGCCCACUCCUUCCAGGAGUUCAAACCUUUCAACAGAAGAGGCAGAGACCUCUCCCCGUACCGAAGGGAAGAGCUGGGCUCCUCUGCUGAGGCCAGUGGAUUUGGCGUGAGAUCUGGCCACGGCUACUUGGAGGCCGUGCCGUCUGACCAGAGUCCCCUCGGGGCCGAGUUGGCCCUCCGCCCGGAGGUGUGGUUCGGUGGCGCGCCGACAAGCCCGCUCUGGCCAAGGGGAGCCAGCAUGCCAGACCGGUCACCGUCACCCCUCCCCCCGAGCAGGACACCAUCUCCCCCCAGACACAGCCGCUCAGUCUCACCACUCAACAUCGGCAGGCCCUCCCGCGACUUCUCCUCCGCAUCCGAUGGCCAGAGCGAGGAGGAGAAGAUGCAAGGAAGGAUGAUGUCAUCGGCAGUCAAGUGCUCUCUCCUCCUGUCUCCCAGACCCUUCAACAUGCACAGGAUGAACCUGAACAAGAAGUAACGUGUGGGACGGAACAGUUUAAGAUGGACACAAAAAUGCUGGAGUAACUCAGCUGGGCAGGCAGCAUCUCUGGAGAGAAGGAAUGGGUGACGUCUUGGGUCGAGACCCUUCCUCAGACUAAUGUCGCACCAGCUUCUCAGUCUCACCUAGCAAUGAUUCCUGGGAUGGCAGGACUUUCAUGUGAAAAAAGACUGGAUAGACGCGGUUUGUACUCGCUAGAAUUCAGAAGAUUGAGGGGGGAUCUUAUAGAAACUUACAAAAUUCUUAAGGGGUUGGACAGGCUAGAUGCAGGAAGAUUAUUCCCAAUGUUGUGGAAGUCCAGAACUAGGGGUCACAUAGUUUAAGGAUAAGAGGGAAGUCUUUUAGAACCGAGAUGAGAAAAACAUUUUUUUUCACACACAGAGAGUGGUGAAUCUGUGGAAUUCUCUGCCACAGAAGGUAGUUGAGGCCACAGUUCAUUGGCUAUAUUUAAGAGGGAGUUAGAUGUGGCCCUUGUGGCUAAAGGGAUCAGGGGGUAUGGAGAGAAGGCAGGUACGGGAUACUGAGUUGGAUGAUCAGCCAUGAUCAUAUUGAAUGGCGGUGCAGGCUUGAAGGGCCGAAUGGCCUACUCCUGCACCUAUUUUCUAUGUUUCUAUGUUUCUAAUGUCCUGCUUUCUUUAUCAUCAUUACUUUUUUCCACAUCUUUCAUUCAUUUCUUCUACAUCUCUCGUUUCCCUCUCCCCUGAAUCUCAGUCUGAAGGAGAGUCUCCACCCGAAACAUCACCCGUUCCUUCUCUCCAGAGAUGCUGCCUGUCCCGCUGAGUUACUCCAGCUUUUGGUGUCUAUCUUCUGAACAAGAAAAGUAAGAUAGCGGAAUAAUUCGAAAGCAGUUGCUGCAUUACAAAUAUUUUGAACAAACAGAGGUGACUGGAGCUCUCGACUCUGUAAGGAGCGUUCUCCUCAAGGCAAUCCUGGACAAGAUCAUUUAUUGUAGGAGACCGAUGCUUGCUUGUCACUAUUAUAUGUGGUUCAAUAUAGCAAAUAAUAUUCCUCUGCUGAUUUGUUUGCACAGCAAGCUGUAUUUCUCUUUUCCAUUUUAUACCCUGUGUUUCAAGCCGUGCAUUUUGGAAUAAUUCUACGUCAAAUCCCAAUGCAGGGUCUUGGCAUGAAACAUCACUCAGCCCUUUACUUCCAUGUUCAAACGUAAAAUAGCAUGGCAGUAAGAGGCCCUUUGGCCCGCAAUGUCUGUGCCGAAUGUGAUACCUGAUCUCAUCUGCCUGCAGGUAAUCCAUGUCCCUCCAUAUCCAAGUGCCGACCUAACAGGUCACGGGGAGAACGUGCAAACUCCGCGCAGACAGCACCUGUGGGCAGGAUCGAACCCGGGUCUCUGGCGCUGUGAGGCAGCAACUCCACCGUGCCGCCCUUACUUCUGUCGGGGUCACCCCUCAAUCUCCAGGGUUCCAGCGAAAACAGUCCAAGUUUGUCCACGAAUGUCUCUCCAGAAGGACAUUGCCAGUUGUGUCUUUGUUGAAACCACGAUGAGCGGAAUAAGUUCCUUCCCUGAUUCUGCUGCAUUUGUAAAGAGUUGUUUUUAGCAUGUUUUUCGGUUUGUGACGUACUUCAUUACAGCUAUCGCUGCACCUGAA